AUGGAUGGCGCUCCGGAACGGUACGAUGAUACUAAUCGCGCAUUCCUUCAGGCAUUACUGGCACGAGGUACUUUAAAUCUGGAUGAGGGCAAAGAGUUGCUGGCUCGUAUUUUCACUGUCCAAGAUGGACGCGUUACCUCCGCAGAUGAUGUCACGUUAGAUGACCUAAAUUCAUAUAUAUCUCGCGCAGCUCAAGCCCUCUCGCCAUUCGAUUACGAGAUUAGAAGUAUGAGGCAUCAACUGUCAAAUAAACAAACCUGGGCUCUUGUCAAUAGUGCCAGCGACCCCCUCACACAACUUGCGACUACUUUUACAACAGAGGAAAUCUUCUACGUCAAGCGUUUGUUGGAUGCUAUGUAUGAAACAUUCAAUACUAAGGGAAAGGAAAUUAUGGCCAUAACCAGUACGCAAGCUAUACAUUCGUCAAUCAUCGGAGGUUCCGGUCGGCAAAGCAUAGGUGAUGCCGACAUGCAGACUGUGGACAACGGUGUAAAGAGAUCAGAUGCCGAGAAGGUACUGGCAGGAUUGACAGCGCAAGGAUGGUUCGAACGAAGUAGACGAGGAUAUUAUUCUCUGACACCGCGCGCAAUCCUCGAGCUUCGAAGCUGGCUUGUCGAUACAUACAACGAUUCAGACGACCCGGAUGAGUGGCAGAGGAUCAAAAAUUGCGAAGCGUGCAAGGGAAUCGUUACAGUUGGUGAGAGAUGUUCGAGGAGAGAUUGCAAUGUGCGGCUACAUCAGAUUUGCGGAACUGCGUUCUGGAACUCGCGGCCAAACAAGAAUUGCCCGAGGUGCAAAACCGAGUGGGAUGGGAAGUAUUAUGUUGGAGAGAAGGCUGUCACAUCAACAGAGGAUAAUUUGAGGGAAAAGCGGAGAAGUGGUGCUUCCUCGCAAAGGAGAAGAGCCCCUGUUGAGGAGGAAGGGGAAGAGGACGAGGACGGACAGUGA